GGAAGAAGCAACGGAUGGUGUUUCGGGUACGAGACUCUCAACUGCUCCACCCUAACUCCUUUGAACCCACCCACUUUCCCCCCGCACCACCUCCGCAUUGCGGGCGGGCCUUUCGGUUGGGCUUGCAGAACUUGCCCUCCACACUCUGAUCGACCGGGACCAACUUCGCGUGUCACAAGGUGACUUCUGGUUGCUACUUCACUAAAGCUCUUGACUGUCUGUUACUUUAUUCAACCAAAAGAAAACCACUGGACCAUGGCUGCGACUGAGAAGGCACCAGAGGAGCUUGCGAAAGCGGCAAGCCUGGCCCAUGUACCAGGGGGUGAUGAGUAUGAGAAGAUGAUCUCGGGCAUGCUCUAUGACUCUAUGGAAACCGGGCUGGCAACCUCCCGCUUUGAGGCCCGGCGUCGGUGCCAUGAAUACAACAAUCACUUCCCUUCGGACCCGGCUGCAACCUUCGACUCACUCGCAGAGGAACGUUUGCGGAUGCUCCGACAAUUUGUGGGCGAUGUUGGUGACGAGACAUUCAUCGAGCCGCCAUUUCGGGUCGACUACGGCUGCAAUAUCCGACUGGGCAAACGCUUUUACGCCAACUUCAACUUGAUCAUCCUGGACUGCGCCAUCGUGACCAUUGGUGACCGCGUCAUGUUCGGUCCCAACGUCUCGCUUCUGUCGGCGACCCAUGAAACCGACGUGCGUAGUCGGCGCGACAACACCAUGGCAACUCAAACUAUCGAGAGACAUGAGAUUGAGCUCGUCGAACUAUCGGAGCGCCCUGGACAGGCCGGUAGCGUGAUCGAAGGCAGCGGGUCGGCUGAACAUCAUGAUUCGGACCCCCCCAGUACCCCGAAAUUUGACCGUGCUACGCUUAUGAAGUUGAUGAGUGCCGGGUUUUGCUUCUUUGUCGCGGGCGUUAACGAUGGAAGCACCGGGCCCCUGAUACCAUACUUCAUGCUCCAGUAUGGCGUCAACACGACGACUGUCUCCGCCAUAUUUGCCGCCAACUUCUUCGGCUGGUUCUUCACCGCCAUCACCAACACGCACCUAUGCCAAUAUUUCGAUUUCGGCGCCCUGCUCGCACUCGGCGCAGCCUGUCAAGUCAUUGGCCAUGCUCUGCGUGUCUGGGACCCACCGUUCGGCCUCCUCGUCUUCAGCUUCUGGUUCAUCACCGUCGGCCAGGCGUACCAGGACACCCACGCCAACACCUUCGUUUCGCGGGUCCCCGGAGCGCACCGCUGGCUGGGGUUCAUCCACGCCAUGUAUAUGGCCGGUUGCCUCGUAGGACCGUUUGUCGCAACCGCCGUUGCCUCCGCGGGGACUGUUUCUCGCUGGUACCUCUUUUACACAUUUCCACUCGGCCUGGGCAUCGCCAACCUGAUAUGGGUCUUUGUCGCCUUCCGAGCCAACGUCGGCCGCGUGCCACGCGUGACAUCUUUGGAGACCGACACGCCGGGCCAAGAAUCGCCGACAUCCAAAAACGCGUCCGCUAUGGACCUCAUCAAGACCACUCUCCGCACACCGAGCGUCUGGGUCCUGAGUCUCUUCUUUUUCUUCUUUCUCGGUGCUGCCAUCACGGUUGGUGGUUGGCUCGUCGAGUACCUCGUGGUUGUCCGGGGCGGCGAGCUCGCACAGAUGGGCUACGUGCCGGCGGGCUUCAACGGCGGCUGCUUCCUGGGCAGACUGCUGCUAGCGGAGCCCACGCAGCGGUUCGGAGAGCGCAGGAUGGUGUUCAUAUACGCCGUGCUGUGCGUUGGGCUGCAGCUGUUGUUUUGGUUGGUUCCGAAUAUCAUCGCCGCUUCCGUUGCAGUCAGCUUCCUAGGCUUUUUCUCCGGUCCCUUCUUUGCUACGGGCAUCUCGGUAGCCUCGAAACUGUUCCCACCCGCGAUCCACUCGGCGGCUCUGCCUUUCGUGUUUGUCAUUGGACAGAUUGGGGGUUCCGCCUUUCCCAUCGUCACCGGCAUCCUGGCAACCCGUGUCGGCGUGGCUGUCCUGCAGCCGAUCCUGGUCGGGCUGUAUGUCGCUGCCGCCGUCACUUGGCUCCUCGUUCCCGCUCCGAAGUCAACGCCGAAUAGGGCGUUGCAUCAGGAGUAAAAGACUUUGUUCCGCUUUGGAGCGCAAGCGUUGUGGCCAGGGGGCUGCCUCUCAGGGGUUAAGGCUCCUAGCUAGGGCUGUAGUUUGCAUACAGCCGGGAGACGAGGACUGGAAGAGUGAUGGCGCGGAGAGUUGGGUUGGUCCGCGGACUGCGAGUUGAUGAGGAGGUUGGAAAUAAUAGUAUGCAGUCAUGAAUUGUUGACAUGGCCAAUCAUGACCCUGUGGCAGUGUAGAGCCCGCAACUAGCAGAACCUACUGAGAGGCAGGCCACGUAUGAAGUCGAUGGUAAUGGUUACCGGCCAGGGGACGGGAUAGCCAACACAAUAAUGCCUCGAGGGCAGAGUUUCGACUUCCGG